GAGCCAUCCCCUCCCCUCCCUCACUCAUUAGCUCGACCAAGCACCAAGGAAGAGGAAAGAAACCUCUCAAAUAAUCCUCCAUAGCCACCAAACUCGAGCUCAAGCAUAAGUGUUCAAAGAAGGAAGAUUAAAGAGGGAAAAAGUUGGGAAAAGUGUGAAUAAUUAAGGCACUUGUAAAGGGUAUUUCAAGUGGUUUCACAAAGUUGGAAAAGUCGUCGGAGUUGUCGCCGGAGUUGACCAAAAGUCGCCGGAGUUUCACCGGAGUUCAACCAAGGAGGGUAGAACUUCAUAACGCUAGUUCAAGGUUGAAGCUAGAGCUUGCUACUUGCACCUUCUCACGGGUGAUAUCAAAUCAGGGAGACGUGAAAUGGAGGGCAGGCGAAUGGGGACCAGGAACAAUCCGAGGGGGCAGGCGCCGGUAGCAUCCCAAAGGGGAAGCCGGGCUGCAUCUCGGGGUUCGAGAAGAGGCCGUGGAGGCCGUGGAAGCCGUGGAGGUCAUCAAGCUCAAACUGUGAGUGAUGGCCAUGUGAGCUCGGUGUAUGAAACCAACACCGAAGACUAUGACUCAACCUACGUUCCAGAGACGGAGCAUGAAGAGACCCCGUAUGAUGGGGGUGACACAUACACCGAUGAUGAUGAUGAAGAGAGUGAUGCCAAGUUCGCCCAAAUGGGCGAAUUGCUUGAGUGGUAUCAACAAGAAAAACUGAGGAGAGACCUUAGGCGCCAAGCGAGGCGUGGCUCUCGUGAAGGUUCGGGUCAAGGAAGCCGGGGAGCUUCCGUGGCCACCCCAGCGGCGUCACAAGGUGGGCGUGAAAGAGGUUUUGUUGUGAGAAUCUCCAAGUACCUCAAGGAGGCUAGGGCCUUGGGGUGUAGGUCCUUUGACGGCACCGGAGACAUUACCGUUGCCGCCGAUUGGAUUAAGAAGGUGAAGGAUGCAUCAAGAGACAUGCAAAUCACACCGGACGUGAAGUUGACUGUCGCUUCACGGCUACUUGAAGGGAUAACCUCUACGUGGUGGGAGAGCGUGGAAGGGAAGUACCAUGGGGAAAUAACAUGGGCGGACUUUGAGCUAGAGUUCUAUGCUCAAUACUACUCCGAGUACGAGGUGAAUGUGAAACGGAGAGAGUACACUAACCUCAAACAGAAAGAUGGCCGCACGGUUAAGCAGCUGGAACAAGAGUUUAGAACCUUGGCAAGGUUCUUGCCAGAGUACGCGGUUGAUGAGAACCGCAUGACGGAGCACUUUUGGGAUGCACUACUCUUGGACAUCCGUGACCGAGCUACGUACUCUCGCCACAUGACAUUUAGCGAGGUGGUGGAACAGGGUCUUCUUGGGGAGGCCCAAUGGAAUGAGAGGAAAGAAAGAGACGCCAAAGAGGCGAAAAAGAGGAAAUGGCAUAAUUCGGGCCCGCCCGAGCAAGCACGAAAGGAUAAACACGGCGGAGGUGGCGGUUCGUUCAAGACACCGGCACCACCGGCAAAGAAGAACAGGGAUGCUCGGUGGCAUGCAUCCUCUUCCCAAAAGACGGGGCCUCCAAAGUGUGCCAACUGUUCGAAAAAUCACUUUGGGAAGUGCAAUGCACCCCCGAGGUGUUAUCAAUGUGGGAACACGGGCCACAUGAAGGCCAAUUGCCCACAACUGGGGGGCGGAGGAGCUCCGGGGUCUGGAGGAGGGAUCAUGACAGGAAGAAACCGUGCGGGACCGUCAACCGGCGGUACAGGAAGAGGCAACGCAUCCACAAGUCAUGCCGCGUCCGUAAACCAAGGCGGGACCCAAGCGAGAGUGUACGCGAUGACUGAGGCGGAUGCGCGAGCAAACCCGGACUCCGUUGCAGGUUGAAGCUAGAGCUUGCUACUUGCACCUUCUCACGGGUGAUAUCAAAUCAGGGAGACGUGGUUCGUGCUUCCUUAUUUUCUUUCAAACUACCGAACACUUGCUCAUGGAUAUUUGUUUUACUAUAAACUAUUUUUGGGGCUUGCAUGCCCAUGUUGUCGGCCGGUUGUGGCCCAUGACUUACCGUUGAAUAUUUCCGUUAUUCAUUGGUUUAAUGUGAUGUUGUUAUGUAUGUUUACUACUGAGUAUGGAUGGAUUGUUUUCGCGAACGCCUUGUGUAAUUAAGUGAGGUUGACCCGUGGGUGACGUCACUUAGUUAUACGGCGGUUGUACACGCGCUUGGAUUGCGGUCUGGGGCGUGACAAGCGGUGUCAAGGAUUCUGGUACUAGACGGCGGUGUACAUCGUGGUCUAGGAGAGGAACCGUUGGAUGGUUGGUACAGGAGAAGGAGACAACGGGAUUCUCAGUCAAUCAUGAGGCAGGUGGAAGGUCCGGAUCCGGAAUCAGAAAAACUCAAGGCCUGUGGCGGUGAUCUUCUUUGGGCGAACCAGAUUCAGAUGACGAAGAAAGAAGACAAGAAAAUGAUGAUUUGUCCCCCUCCUGAACCGCCGACAUGUGCGUACUGUGCGGCUAGGGUUUACAAGACUAUUUUACUAUUUUUAUUUUGUUAUUUUCGGUCCACACUGUUUUACUAUUUCUAUUUUGUUAGUUAUUUGGUUUACAAUAAGGGGGUAGAUUGGUGUUUUGGUUUGCUUUAGGUGUUAGAUUUCUGAAUGGAGGCAAUCAAGAUGAUUCAGCUGCUAAUAACUUCUUU